GACUAGCGAGAAUGUUGACAUCAAAAUUUAGUAUAAAUGCGAGCACAUCACAGUAAUUCGAACAGCAGCAUUCUACAGUUCGCAGAGUAAACAUCUCUAAAAAGUAUUUUUCCGCAAACAACAAAUUUUUUAAACAAAAUGAAGUCCUUCAUAACCAUUGCGUUCGUGCUGAUAUCCAGCGUUGUUGUAAUGUGCGAGCCACCCAAUCCACAGAUGCGCCAAUACAUCGAGGACUGCAAUAAGGAGCACAAUGUUUCUCCAAAGGAUUUCCAUGAAUUCAAUGAGGGCAAAUUAUCCUCACCUUCGGAAGACUUAAAAUGCUCCAUUCAUUGCUUCAUGGUCAAGCAGGGUUCUAUGGAUGAAGCGGGUACCUUCAAGCCGGACGUAGCCAAAACUGGUAUGCCCAAUGACGAUAAGUUUGCUGCAGCUGUGGAUGCUUGCAAGGAUAAAACUGGUUCUUCGGCGUGUGAAACAGCUUUCAAAAUCACUCAAUGUUUAAUAUCGCACAAGUAAAUUGGAGCGUGUGACUUAUGGCGAUUUCGGUUCUACAAAAAUGUUGCCUUCUCCUCGUUCUCUUCUUAGUGUUUGUGCGAAGCGGGCAAAGAGAAGGUUGCAUUUUUCGGUAGAAACCAAAUCGGCAUUAGAGAGCAAAAUGUGCAAUGCAGGGCAAAAAUGUGGCGAAAUUGUUGAAUAUUAUUUUAGAAAUAUUUUCUCGUUUUCGGUGAAGGUUUUGUUUUUGUUAAUAAUUUAAAAAAUAUAUGCACAUACUUUACAGAUUUGAACAGCA